AUGCUUCUCGCAUUUUCCUUAUUAGCGCUAAUCGCUAUAACAUGUGCAGAUCUCGUAGAUAUCGCAUGUGAACGCAAUCCUUCGUUGCGUUAUUGCAAAGGUCGUAACAUUCGAAGAAAAGAACCCCGUGUACCAGAGGAUCCAUUCGAAGAGAAGUUCAGGCCACAUGAGAGUCAUAGCACUGAUGACGAUGAUGACGAUAUAUCUCUCGAGUUGGAAGACACUACCAUACGACCCCGUCGCUCAACGACACCAGUGCCUCUGCCUCGACAGAAUUUGAUGUAUACAGUAUUCCCAACGCUACAGAAAGAAAAAGACUGGAGGAAAUACUGCCCUGUAAAUGAAUACACAUUUCAAACAACAUGUCUUCCCGGAAAGAAGCUGCGCUAUGAUUUGCAGAUUGGUGGAAUUAUGUUGAAUUACGGUAGUGAAUUGGGAGUGCUCGGACAAAAAACUGGAAAAGGACCAGCUCGUGCUCUGAAUGCCCUCACACAUGGAUAUCCAUCGUUUGGUACAGCGCCUGAACCUAGCAACGCUGACAAGAAGGCUAGUCAAGAGUUCCUAAAGUCAUUUGGUAUUCCAAACAUACCAGGAUUGAACAAGAUAUUCAACAAACUUGGAGGAAAUAAGGUCAACAAGAGGGUACGUGGCUACGAACCAGGAUACGGGGCCGUCAAUCCGAAUGCGCCUUUGGCUCUUGGAAAGACCGAUCGCGAUGCCGUCAACUUGCCGGGCGGUAUUGGUGAUAUCGAAAUUGAAAAAGGUGGCGGCUUUGGAAUCGGGAAAUAG